AUGAGCUCGCUCGCCUCGGCUCCUGCCCUCGACAGGAAAAAGUACCCCUGUCCCACUUGCCAUCUGUCCUUCCGUCGCUCCGAACACCUCUCCCGGCAUCUCCUCACCCACUCGGGCGCCAAGCCCUUCCUUUGCCACAUCUGCUCGCGUUCCUUCUCCCGUCUCGACGCCGUCCAGCGCCAUGUCAAGACCCAU